GCUGCCUGCCGUUCCACCCUCUUUCUCUCUUGUGCCUGUCUGUCUGUCUGCGUGCGGGAGGCUGCGGCUCGGUCCCGCGGGUUAGGAUCAUUCUGUCUGUCACACACACACUGUGGCCAGCAGCCGGCUUGCCUUUCCCCACAGCUCAACGUGCAUGGCAGUGGCGGCGGUACACAAGGGCAGCGCCCUUUCCCCGGCAGCGGCAGCCCAGACACGGAGCUACCUGUGGCUCUGCAUUUGCUACGGGCUACUUUGCCUGCUGCCCUGCGCUCUGCCCCGGCGCUCGGCUGGAGUCCGGAUCGCCCGGCAACUGCAAGGCGGCGGUGGCGGCGAGGGUGCAGCCCCCGGGCCAAGCCGGGAGAAGAAGAGGUCCGCUCCGCCGCAGGACGCGGCUCUGCUCAGCACCUCGUUCAUCCUGCGAGGAGACGCUUCGCACAACCAGGCGAUGGUGCACUGGACGGGGGAGAACAGCAGCGUGAUCCUGAUUCUCACCAAGUUGUUCCAUUCAGAUAUGGGAAAAGUUUUGGAGAGUUCUUUAUGGAGGUCAUCGGAUUAUGGAACUACCUACGUGAAACUGAACCUGCAGCCUGGCACCACCAACAUAAUUACCAAUUUUUAUAUCUGCCCUGCAAAUAAGAAAAAGAUAAUUCUCGUGAGUUCAUCAAUGAAUGAUCGUGAUCAGAGCCUCUUCAUGAGCACAGACGAGGGAGCCAAUUUUCAACGGCAGCAAAUCUUCUUCUCUGUGGAGACCUUGGUGUUUCACCCAAAAGAACAAGAUAAGUUGCUUGUGCACAGCAAGGAGGGCCGGCUAUAUGUUUCUGUUGAUUUUGGAAAGAAAUGGGAGUUGCUGCAAGAACAAGUGACAAAGGAACGAUUUUAUUGGUCUGUACCCGGGGUCGAUGGUGAUCCAGAUUUGAUUCACAUGGAAAUACAGGACAACAGUGCAGGUUUUCUUUAUAUCACCUGCCAAAUUACAAACUGCUCGGAGAAAGCUCUCAAAUCCCCUUUCUUUGGAAACAUAGACCAGAACUCACUGCUCGUCAAUGAUGACUACAUUUUCGUUCAGGCAACCUCUGGAAAUAAGACAAAAUAUUUUGUCUCUUAUCGGCGGGACCAGUUUGUUCAGAUGAAGUUACCCAAAUAUGCCUUACCAAAGGAUAAGCAGAUCAUCAGUACUGACGAGAAUCAAGUGUUCGUGGCUGUCAAGGAAUGGCAUCAGACGGACACCUAUAACCUCUACCUGUCGGACACAAAGGGCGUGUACUUCACGCUCGCUCUGGAGGAUGUCAGGAGCACCAAGCAACCAGAAGAAAAUGUUAUAAUAGAUAUUCAUGAGGUUCAAGGAGUUAAAGGCGUUUUCUUGGCAAAUAAGAAAGUGGACGGUAAAGUGAAAACGUACAUCACCUACAACAAAGGUCGUGACUGGCAAUUAUUAACUCCACCAGCCACUGACAUGAAUGGCAAGCAAACCAAAUGUCAUCUGCCUGAAUGCUCCGUCCACUUGCACCUGCGUUGGGCUGAUAACCCGUAUGUAUCGGGCACUGUUCACACCAAAGAUUCCGCGCCAGGACUUAUAAUGGGAGCAGGAAACUUGGGUGCCCAGCUGGUUGAGUACAAGGAAGAUAUGUACAUAACCUCCGACUGUGGAAAUACAUGGAGGCAGGUAUUUGAGGAAGAGCAUCAUAUUCUCUACCUUGAUCAUGGCGGAGUUAUUGUUGCCAUCAAGGACACCUCAAUCCCCCUGAAGAUACUCAAGUUCAGUGUAGACGAAGGACAUACUUGGACAACACACAAUUUUACCAGCACUUCCGUCUUUGUCGAUGGACUACUGAGUGAACCAGGGGAUGAAACACUGGUCAUGACGAUCUUCGGCCACAUUAGUUUCCGAUCGGAUUGGGAACUGGUGAAAGUGGACUUCAGACCAUCAUUCCACAGACACUGCUUACCGGAUGACUAUGACUCCUGGGACCUGAGGAACCAGGAGAAGCAAUGCAUCAUGGGAGAGCAGAGACGGUUCCGCAGACGGAAAAUAUCAUCCUGGUGUAUUAAAGGAAAGAACUUCACAUCAGCCCUCUCCUCCAAACCUUGCCAGUGCACAGAAUUUGAUUUUGAAUGUGAUUACGGAUUUGAGCAGCAGGCCAAUGGCAGAUGUGUCCCUGCAUUUUGGUACAACCCAGAGUCACCUUCAGAGGAUUGCAAGUCUGGACAGUUGUACACCAGAAGCUCUGGUUACAGGAAGGUGGCCCUCAACGUCUGCAAGGGUGGUUUGGACAAGGGGCAAGGUUCCACGCAGCACCAGUGCCCACUGAUGGCUCCCAGAGGUCUCCAGAUAGUCACGAAAGGAGAGAGGCUGGCAGUCAGCCCUGGUGACACUGUUACCUUCUUAAUCUCGCAGAACCAGGGUGACACACUGAACACAAAGUAUCAGGUGGAUCUCGGGGAUGGUUUCAAGGCCAUUUAUGAGAACCUUACACUCAUGGAUGAGCCAAUUCAGCACGGAUACGAGAAACCAGGAAUCUACCGCGUCUCUGUCAAAGCUGAAAACUCUGCAGGGUCUGAUGAAGCCAUGGUUUACAUUCAGGUCAACACGCCACUGUUGGCCGUGCACCUGGAGGUACUGCCAGUCAUCCGCAGAAACCAGCAAGUGAAUCUGACCGCACUGUUGCAGCCCAGCAACUCCAACCUCACAGUCUUUCAGUGGUGGCUGGGAGACAGCCUUGAGCCUCGUCUCACCCUGGAAAACAGUCUGAUAACCAGCUUUCCUGAGGAUAGUGAGGUUAAAGUCACAGUCCAGGCUUCCUGUGGUAGCUCCAUGGUUCAGGACUCUAAAGUGGUGAGGAUAUUUGAUCAGUUGGAAGUCCUACCCCUUGAAUUUUCUCAGAACAUUGAUAGUUACAAUCCUAAUGUACCAGAGUGGAGAGAAGAUAUUGGACAGGUUAUAUCAAGGAUUUUGGCAGAGACAACAAGCAUCCCUGAGGAACUACUGCUGACAGUGGUAAGAAUAGGCUUACCCACCACAGCAGAACUGUACCUGCUCCCGCCACCAGAGAAACCAAAGAGGAAACGGAACACAACCAAUGAGAAGGGAAUCGAUUCUUUAAUCGAAGCUCUGACGGAAAACCAAGUAAAAAUCUCUCUAAAACCUGGAGUUGAAGUGACUGUCACAUUGGCAGAUUACAGAGCAGUUACCCAGAAAAGCUUUGGAGGAAAAGGCGUGUGGGUUGUCGUGGUGAUGUUCGUGAUCUGCCUGAUCGUCGUCGGAGCUUUCAUCUUGCACAAGUUGAAAAGGAAGAUACCUGGGCGGAAUGUUUAUGCUCAGAUGCAUAAUGAAAAAGAGCAGGAAAUGACUAGUCCUGUCAACCACAGUGAAGACACACAGAACAUCAUUCAAGGGGAAGAAUACAUCGAUGACGAUUUGGAUUCACAGACGCUAGGUAACGGAGGAGGUGGUCACCCUGCUGUGGUUCUCAGCAUAAACUCCCGGGAAACGCACAAUUAUUUGAGUAGCUGAUGUUCGCUCUGGGUGAUGCGUGAAGACUCGCCUCCAUUUUGUUUUGUUGUUCCUGGGGACGGGUGAAGUGAUGAAGUGAAACGAACUCCAGUGUGGCGGUGGGACAGUGGGCAAUCUAGCCUCCUAGAAUUACAAAGUCUUCAAUUAAGCGUCAGUGUGUUAAAGGCACCCGAAGAGAGAGAGUGGAUUCACAAUCAGACCCCUGAAGCUCUCUGUGCCAUACCAAGCCCUGCAUCCUCCUAUGAUUGAGCUCUGCCAGGAAGGAGAGCAAGCAGCCUUCAAUAAGUUGUUGCGUGAACCUCUCUACCUUUCCUCUUCUUGCGUCUCAUCUAAGAAAACUUUCGCGUUGCAAAACAUUUGCCCAUUCCUCUACGGACAGUCCACAUUAUUUCCAUUCCAUUCUGAUUUUUUUUUAACAUAUCUGCUUUUAUAUAUAAAAAAUUAAGUAAGACGUUGAUCCCUGCUUAGGUUGUCAGGCAAUCUACUUUGAUCAAACGUGCAAGAGUAAAUGUUUAUCUUCACUUUCUUUUCCAGCACCCAUCAAUUAACAAGAUGAGAAUUAUUCACGUCCUUCAAUGGACCUGCGAUCCAACCUGUCAGAUGAGACGUUCUGCACAAUUAUAUAUAAAAGGCCUAUAGUUUUCCAACUCAUUCUUAUUCUCUGUUAACCUUUCAUGGAUUUUUAUUACUUCAAUUGACAAACAUGUUUUUUGACGACCCCCCCCCCCCCUUGAAAUCUAUAGUAACCCUUUUGCGUUGAAAUCUGACGACUUCUACGAUCUGCUACCCUGGAGUACCUGUUGUUGGCUGCUUGGGGUGAUCACUGGAUAUGGCAUGGCUAAGAUGAAAGAGCAGGGGUCUGGGGCAAUUUGGACGGCUCUUUUCAAGAAAAUCGCCCAGUGCUGAAAAACGAUUCCGUAUAAUCACGCUCUUCGAAAAAUUGCAAACCUUUGCCGACCACCUUUUCAAACACCUUUGUUAGAUUCACCGUUCAUAGCCGAGAAAAAUAGUAGAAAUCCUGAAUUGCCAGGCAGUUUUAAGAAAUGAAAAAUGAAGGUCUGAAGAGAAGGUAUUAACCUUUCGGUGACGGGGGGGGGGGGGGGGGGGGGGGGGGGGUAGCCACGUGGUGAUCUGAUUAACGUAAUUAAAAUGCAAAUAGGGUUGAAUAGGACAGAUGCGGAUAAAUUACUUGCAAACUACUUGGUGGGGGUCAUCCGGAAUAAGGUGACAAUGUUGAAAUUACAGCUGGGAUAUUUAGAAGUAAAAACAGAGUCAGUUUUCACCAAAAUAGCAGUCAAUAUGAGGGAUGUAACUCCCGUGAGACAUUUGGAAGUUUCCAACAGUGACUGAUAUUAUAAAGAUAUUAUGUGAACUGGAGCAAGCGUAGAAAAUGGUCUUGAGGUUCACAUCAGCGCUGAAUGACAGAACGGGUGUAAGGGGCUUAUGGCUUCCUCUACUCUCUAUAUUUUCUACGCUGCGAUGUGAAGCAUCGGUUAACAUUUUAUAGGUCCUCCUCUGAUAUUAGCUAUGUUAACAAUUUUUAUCAUGCUCUUCAGAUGAAGUCUCCCCCAUCAAAUGCAGCUGUUUUUCAAGUAUGCAGUGUCAUGUGUACUGUUGCUAAAAGCGAUGGUAUUACAAUGAGUGAAGUUUGAAGGAGUCCCAGAGGGGAAUGUCACAUUAUUUUAACAUUCAAGGCUGAAUAUAUAUCCAUAUUUGAACAUUACAGGUGUAACCAAAAGGCACAUUUCACCUUUUAAGAGUGCAGCCAUUAAUAUCACUGCCUUGUUCAGUGUGUUUAAUGCCACAAGAAUUGACUGUUAUCUACUCGAAAAGAAUCUGAAGAGGAGCUUGUUUUAUUUAACAUUGCCAUAGGAAUUGACUGUUAUCUACACAAAACGAGUCUGAAGCAAUGCUUGAUGAUUUAACUUUAUAAUCUAAUUACAUUGCUUGUCCAUUAAUGAUUGAUUCGGGGCAUACAUGAGUUUCAGGGCUGAGAAGACUGGCAAUAUGAGACAAGCCAUCCAAUGCUCUUCAAUCAUUCCUCUAGUUGGCGUCUCUUUGUCUCCUGUUCAUUCUUCCUCGCUUUCCCAUUUAAGACAUUAGCUGAAGAAAGGGAAAACUAUUUACUUCUGUUUCUAGAUAUUUUGUUGCAUUUGGAGUUCUCUGCCUAUAAUAACCACAUGGUUCAAUUGCCUAUAAAAUGCUAGGAUUAUUAUUCCUAAAUAUCCUUGUAUUAAUAUACCUAAAUAUUAAUAAUAUUCCUAAAUAUUAUUUCUAAAAAUGUCAUUGCUAAACAUCCAGCCCACAAAGGGCCGACCAAGCUGCCUGCUUUGAAUCAGUAUGGACUAAAGCUGUUGAAAAAUGAGGCUGAGUUGGACAACAAAUUGACAGAAGUCACAAAUGAGCCAGAGAGCUCCUGGAGCAAGAGAAAUAUUCAUUGCAGCGAGAGGUUGAGCUGAAGAACCGUAUGUUAGAUAGGUACUUGUUCCUAAAUCACUCUUCCUCUCUUGGACUUUCUAUGCUGCUGUCCUGCCACUAUUAAUCUAGCCUCAUUGAAGAUCCCACUUAAACUAGUGUUCCUCAGUGAUGCUGUGUGUGACAACUAUUUGUAGGUGAGAUUAAAUAAAGUGCUGAGGGAUGAUUUAGAGUGUAAACACCGGCGAAAGUACUGGAGUGAACAGCCUGUAUCACUGCUGUCGAACUGAUAUCGGUCAGAAUGGCAUCAGAACCAGUAAAUCACAUGUGAUGGCACGUAGCUCGGAGGCCAGUCUUGCUAAAGCCUGGCUGCUUGCAGUAAGUAGAAUAAUAUACUUGGGGAAAAAAUUACAAACAUCCUCAAACCAGAGUGUCUGCUGACUGGUUCCCUUUAUCAUCGUGACAUUUUUGCAUAUUUUUUAUUUGUUGUUCUUUAUCUCUCCACAUCAUCGUCUACAUCUCUUGUCUCCCUUAUCGCUAACCAGUCUGAAGAAGGGUCUCGACCCGAAACGUCACCC